CUUUCUUUGUUAAGUUUUUACCACAGUUUUAAUAGAGAGGGUUCUUCAUCAGUAAGGUUUUUCCAAUGUGAAUAAACCUGGUUAUCUUGUGUAGUCAUUUUCAGAGAUUCGCAACUCAGAUUGCGCAUGUAAUUUCAAUUAAUUCAGAUUCAGUAUGCCGACUCAUGGCAGAUAGAGACAAAAUUAUAGGAUAAAAACUGUAAAUUCGGUCGCUUGUCUAGAAAUCGGCAAGUUGCGACAACGCUUGUGCCAGGGCUACACUAUAGCCCAGUGACGCGACGUGAAGUACAGAUUUGGCGACACAGUAAGCGAUUAAAAUGCGGCGCCUGUGAUAAUGCAGAGUUUGGCACAGGCAGUGAUGCAGAGCGCGACACAGACCAUGCAGACGGCGGCUACGAUCGCGUCAGGGCCUGUCCAUAUCAACUACUUUUACUGCCAAGGAUUCCGCUUGAUGACUGUUUAAAACUGGGACGACAUGGUGUGGAAUUCCCCCUUUAAACUGUGUUAACUUGAGGGUUUCAAGGAGGACAUUUAAACUGAGAUUUACAAUGGGGGACUGUGUUUUAUUGGGAGUUUUCCUUGUUUUGAUUCUGUGUCAUCAAUCGCUCUCAUCGUGUGAAACUGUAGUCAAAGAAGGUAUGUGCUUGGAGGAGACAACAAAAAAUUGGACAGAAGCGUCAGACAGCUGUACCUUAGCUGUGUUCAACACAUCACUCAGUGUUGGUGUCUUUAUCUUAGGACUCCCCAUGCUUGAUCACCGCCGACCUCUGGUGCAGAGGACCGAGUCCCAUGACAUUCACUGGAUAGGGGCCACGGGGGAAUUCACACCAUGGUUUAAAUUAAUAGGUUGCUUUCUGUAUAGAUUCGUGGAGAAGAACGCAAGUAUUACGGAUGCCACAUCAAAAAUCAGCCUCUUCACUAAGUGCUAUCAAAUUUGUAAAGAAUAUUCCUUAUUUGGGAUAAAUAAUGCAAUUUGUUUUUGUGCAAAUAAUGCAGCUUUUGGAAAAAUACACAAUGGCACGUGUGUAUUGAAAAAUUCCUUCAGUAUCAAGAACGAUAUAAUUGGAACAGGCAACACCGUUAAUAGUUACCAUGCAUUUGCUGUUUAUAGAAAAGUAGAACGUAUCACAAAUUUAGAAGAUACUCUAGGUGAAUGUCUGAUAGAGACUGUCAAUGGAAAUGAAACGUUUCCUUGUGAUUCAGCGGACAACACAAGACGUACAUGGGCUGAAAGUUUUGCCAAAAGCACAUAUUUAAAUGGAAAGAAAAUGAACAUUCUUCCAAGAUGGCUGCCUUUUGUUCGACGGUUAAUGAUAAACUGGAAUGAUGGGUCCAGCUCUUUGGAGAAAGGGACGGUGUGUAUCAGUGUCAGAGAGCAGAACGGAGUAUAUGAAGCCAUACCAAGACAUUGUCAAGGAAAGCUAACUUCCAUCUGCCAGGACAAACGCACUGAUGCAAUUUUUCGUCAUGGGAGCAAAGUCGAUUCACAAGAGACGCCAUCAAAAACAAACUUCAAGGACCCAGUUUUCAGUAGUUUGAGCAAAGUGACAUCGCAACAUAAUUUCUCAAACUCCAAAGAACCAGUUUUCCGUAGCUGGAACAAAGUAACACCGCAACAGGCUUUACCGGUCUCAAGCUCCAAAGACCCAGUUUUCCGUGGUUGGAACAAAGUGACCCCCACACAGGAUUUACCUGUUUCAAACUCCAAAG